CCGGAUCCUGAAACUCCAUGGAGUCCACGAGCCGACGCCUGCAUGCACGACAGACAACAUACUUACAUGCUCACUAGAAACAGUAGCUCUACAGGAUGCCAGUCCGUUCUACGCACUUUCAUACGUAUGGGGUCCUUCGGAGCCCAUCGCACCAUUGAUGCUGGAUCAGCAGAUAGUAUUCAUUAGGAUGAAUCUUUGGAGAUUCCUUUACACACUAAGGCUGCGUUUCUGUCCGCGACCGAAGGACACGAUCAGGCUGUGGGCCGACUACAUCUGUAUUCAACAGACACCCUCGGCCGAGCUUAGUGCUCAGGUAUCGAUCAUGGGAGAGAUCUACCAAGCGGCCGACGCAGUGUAUGCUUGGCUCGGCGAGCCGGUCUACCCAGAAGACAAUGAUAUGGAGUGUAUCGAGGUGAUCAGAAGAUGUCGUCAGCGAGACCAGGCGUGGGUCCAGAUAGCUCGCGAGAAUCGAUCUGACUUUCGACAUAUAGCAUCGAGCAAGUACUGGACCAGGCUGUGGAUCAAACAAGAAGUCAUUCUGCCUCGAGACAUCUGGUUCUUCUACGGCCAAGGCGUGGCACAUUGGAAGGAUAUUCGCUUCGCUGCUAUGCUCAAGCUAGACAGAUCUCGCUUUCCACGUUCCAGACGUGGGACUGGCAGCUCAGAUGUCGAGCAGCCAAAUCCUGGAUUCAUGACAUCCUUACUGAAUUUGCGAGCCCUGCGCCGCGGUCCCGAUGAUCUCUCUGAGUUGGUCAAUAGGUUCAAGGACGCCGAAUGCCAAGAUGAAAAGGAUCGAGUAUAUGCAUUACUAUCACUCACCAAGCCAUCGAUUCGAGAACGCAUCACCAUCGACUAUCAGCAAUCACUCCUUUCGGUCCUGCUCUCCACCUAUCCUUAUUGGUCCGGCGAUCGAGUGACAUGGACACCUGCUGGUGAUGGACAACAAAUACCUACGUAUCAGUAUCAAUUAUUUAUUGCCCAGAUGUCGAAAAUGCUACCUGCCGAAAAGCUGUACUCAAGCUACCAGGAGAAGGAUCUUGUCAACUGCCAUACAGCCCAAGCAAUUUUCACGACCACAGGAUUGUUGGAAGUGACGAGCGCUCAAACAAUCGCGGCGAUUUGUAACGAUGCUAUCACUCCGAUGGCUGAGCUUCAAAAGCCCGUAUCUGAGGUUGAAGCUUUCGUGCUGAGGGUACUUGUACGGUCGCCGCUACCAGGUCAGCCUCACUUCCAGCGAAAAAGCUUUGUGUAUGCAAAUGCGGUGGUUGAGAAAGGCGAUAUGGUGGGCCGUAUCGGGAAUCACAUGCUGUUCAUGCGUAGGCUGGAAACAAAGGAGCAUUUCGCCAUGAACCGGGAGUUAAUCAUUCAAGCUGCAGGAACGGCAGUGUCGCCUGUUCUAUCCAUGGGCCCAGCGAGCGACUAUUUGAGUACGCAACUGUUCCCACACCCCUCUCUCUGGAAACGACAUCGGUUGGCAGGGAUAUGCUUCCACCUGGUAACGGAUGCCAUUGGCGACGAGCGCCGAGGUGGGACUUCCAGAGGGAACAGAGGCGGUGUUGCAGUUUCAUAUAAUACUGCCGCGAUCGUGACACUGCUUGUCGACUCCAAUAUGUUCCGGAGAGACCAUGACGACCUUGAUAUUCCAGAUUACAACAGCGACCUUCCGGAAGUCUGGUCCCCUUAUGUUUUUGGAGAGCAGAACCAUAUUCUCGAGCCAUGUCAGGCGUGCAGGAUUAUCGGAAGGCAGUUUAGCCACAAAUGGGAUCUUGCGGCAGAAGAUCAAGAAGAGCCAUGCUCGUGCAGAUGGCUCGUGUCUUGAACGAAAUGUCUAGACCUCCCGUCGUUCGGCAACCUCCGUGCAGUAGAUUAUGGUAUGAUAUGACGUCUCUUGCUUGUCUUCGGGACCAGCUUCUCCGUUUUGCGCUCGCCGUGGCCGACUGCAUGAGAAAUGCUCGGCGACGACCCCUCUCCUUCGGGCCGACCGAAGCGCCACAUCGUCACGUACCUCGUACCUCAGGACCGAGCCUCUCAUCAAGCACUCAAACAGCUCGCCACUGCCAAGCAGGUCUGCAGCGGAAUCAUGCAGGUCUGCACUUCCUCCAGCUGGACCCAUAUCCAGAAGAAGAGCAUGUGGACACGAGCGCUGCCCGGCUUUCGCAAGACGUGCAGCGUCGCGUAACUUGGAGAGAAAAGUCUGCCCUGCCGAGCUUGCGAGCAUGAAGCACGAAAGUUGUGGUCCGACAAGAAGCGAUGGUAGAUCCACACAGGACUCGAUAUAAUAAUUGUGGUAUCAUCAGAUGAUCCCCCGAAUCUUCAUCGCUAAUAAAUACACCUCGCUGCAUGGACUGGCUGCCUGGUUGAUUCAAGGACAUUGGCAUUGCAAUCAUGUAUGGAUGUUUUGCCGAGAUUCUCAGGUCAGGACUCAUGAGGGUGUCCACAUUAUGAUGGCCGCCUGAGCAGUGCGCAACAGACCUGGCAACGAGAUAUGUACGACCUCGCUAAUGCUGCUGUGCUGCCAUCUUGUUGUCGGCAUCAACAAUCCUGGCCUGCUUCGAUUCGGCCGUUGAUUCUUGGGAGAUGUCUCGACGAGGUCUCGGCGACGUAGCAAUACCAGCAUUAUUGGCGCGGCGGUGAUGCAAGUCGUUUACUAAUUAUUGAUCAUCGGCGAAAGCGGUUAAGCAAGCAUCUCGCAGCUUCUAUUUAGCCGCAAACAUGCCCCGGACUCGUGGGUCCGGAGCAAAUGCGCACAGGUGGAAAAGGUGUCACCGUGUUCUGCGGGCCUCCGCAUUUUGCUCUAUCGGCCCUGGUAGUAUUAUGCAAGGCUAACUCCAGUAUUGGCUUAGCACCCCAGCAUCUGGGUGGGCCGUUGCCAAUGCCCGAUGUCUUCCAAGAUGCGUAGUGUAGUGAUUCAGGUCCCCACUCACGCACUGCGGUCACAUGCCUACAAACACUAUAAACACGGGUCUGUCCUUCAGCAGGCGUAUAAACACAGGC